CUUCCUGACUCCAUCUUCGCUCAUUCAUCCCGUAUCCAAAAUGUUCAAUCCAAACUUUUACGACCAAGACGAUCCCAUGGCCAUGUACCAAGCCAUGCGACGCGGCGGCGCUCCCCGGCGCUUCGACGAAUACUUCCGUUGCUACCCCAUUGCCAUGCUGCCUGGCCCCGAGCGCCCAGAGGCAAACCACGGCGGCAAGGUGUUUCUUCCUCCCAGCGCUCUCGACAAGCUCACUCGGCUGCACAUCACAUACCCUAUGCUCUUUGAGCUCAUCAAUGGAAAGCAAGACGGAAAGAAGACGCACGCAGGUGUGCUGGAGUUUAUUGCAGAAGAAGGCAAGAUCUAUCUGCCGUACUGGCUGAUGGAGACGCUCAAGCUGGAACCUGGGGAUCUCCUGCAAGUCAAGUCGACCGACAUACCUCUCGGCACCUUUAUCAAGCUCCAGCCCCAAGACUCGUCCUUCCUGGAAAUCUCGGACCCAAAGGCCGUCCUCGAAAACGCGUUUCGCAACUUUUCGUGCCUCACCACGGGCGACAUCUUCACAUUUUCGUAUAAUGACAAUGUGUACAGCAUAGCCGUGCUCGAGACCAGGCCAGACCAUCCAAGCAAGGCUGUAUGCACCAUUGAGACGGACCUGUCAGUUGACUUUGCACCACCAGUGGGCUACCAGGAGCCACAGAAGACUAGCGGAACUAGUACGCCGCGGAGCGGAAAGGGCGUCAUGGCUGGCAAGGGCGGAACUCUGCAUGCUCACGGCACCAUGGCGGAAGCGAUCAACUAUGCGGCCAUUGCGCCCUCUGCGACGACUGCGGCCAAUGGAGCAAAAGCAACAUCAUCAAACUUUAUCAGCACAGGCCACAAGCUACUUAAGAAGGGCAGCAAGGCACCUACCCCGCAAGCCUCGACACCUGUUGCCGGACAAUCGACAAACCCACCACCGGUCGUGCGGCGCUCCAACGGUCCACAGCCCCUCAGAUUGCCACCCAGCAAGCUGUUCUUCGGGUACGAGAUUACCCCGCUCAAGAACAAGGAAGAGGAAGGCGAGCAAAAGGAUUCGAAGCACUUUGAGGGUUCAGGCCAAACUCUGCGGAAGAAGAAGGGCGACAAAUGAGGUAAUGGACUGGGUGGAAUGGGAGACAGGGACCGUUUUUGAUACGCAAUGCUCGGAAAGGAAAGCAUUUCAUGGCGUUGGCAAGGAUAGGAAAUAAGGCGUUUGCACCUAU